AGGUUAAACGUGCGCACGUUGCUUCGGCAUAGGCACCGUUACAGUUUACGCUCACCAACGACGUCGUCAUCAUCAUCAUCAACCACGAUAAUCAUUGGCGUCAUCCGUUAAGCUCGGUGCGCGCACACCAACCACCAACAUCGCGGGAUGUCGCGGCCCUAACCGUCGUCUGCCGCCAGCAGACGUGCACUUUUCGUGGUUAGUCAUCGCCCCACACACGCGACACGCGGUUCGGUCCAUUGAAAAUGUGUCCAAAAGCUGCGCUCGAUAAUGUGUUCCGGCGCCUGCCGCAGUGGUGUUGGUGUGUUCCGUAGCGCGCAAGCAUGGACCGUCAACCGGAUCGGCAGCUUAUCGCGGUGACAUUCCAUUCCUACACGGUCGCCUUGCCCCUGCCGACCACAUCGUUCCCGUCGCGCCGGUUGUCCCGUCCCAACCGGGGCCGUUGUUUUCCACCGGCUGUGCAGUGCUCGAUCAGCGCACGAACCGUUGUCAUCUAGUGCGCGAGAAGACCUCCGCCACCGAGCAGGAAACAAACAAAAGUUUACGAUUUCGUUAGAGCUGGUCAGCUGAUUUGUGCAGUGUUCGCGGGUCCAACGUUCGGCGUUAUCGGAAUCCGGGACGGACCGCGUCGAGUGUUAGUGUGUGCACUUAGAUUCGUAGAAAGCAGACGUGAAGCAGCAAGAAAAACAAAUCUUAAGCUCAAGAACCUUACCAACUGUUCGCCUCAACAGUUUUUGGGCAAAUUACGCUAUUGAGCAAAAGUGUUUUGGUUUGAAGAAACCCCAUUUAGGACUAGACAACGGCAUCAGCCCAAACUGUCCUUUUAAAUAACUUUAAUUUUUAUUUCCGUAAUUCGCAAAGAAAACACUCAAAUGGUAAAGCAGUACACAUAAAAACUUACAGUUAAGUUGAUACUUUACUAAAGAAACCCAUACCAGUGAUAAAGAUAAACGACUCUUCGAACUGUACUUCUCAAAGUUAUGAAUCAUCGAACAUGAAAAUGCAAUCAUUCAUACUCCCUCCAGCCCUUGCGACGGGGCUGCUAUCAGUAACAGAAAAGCUAGUCACAAGAAACGCACGGCAAGGCGUUCAUAUUGUCGUAUGAACAGUGCUGCCCGGGGGCGAGCGGCGCGUACAGAAACCGAAAAAGACCAUCGGAGAGCAACGGAAGGCAGCACAGCGGAUUUGAACCGCAGCGCGCCCAACCUACGAUGAUAACGUGAAGUCUCCACCGCGAAGUGAAUCGAACCCGUGCCACCCUACAAGCGCAACAUUCCGUCGAGCCGAGCGUAGUCUUCGAUUGGCGGUCAGUCUCGACACAACAGGCCACGAUUGUGGUCCGGCUGCCCAAGCUAACAUCACUGCUAAUUCUAGACACCGUAUCCCGACCGGUCCAUCGCAGGAUGGGUCAUCUAAACAGCAGCGGUCCCGUGGUUACCGUCUCUCUAAUAACUUUCCUGCUAUUUCUGACCCCAACGUGUUCCAUCCCUUCGCUCGAGGACUACGAAAAUGACUACGAUCAGGAAGCACAUACUUACCGCGCGGUACCGUUCGUACGAUCAACCGUGGAUAGCAAGAGCUACGUCGUUUCCGUGGUCGAGUUUCAUCCCGAACCGAUGACCAUGCCCAUCGAGCAGCGCACCAACCUGCACCUGGAAGAAUACCGGAGGCUUGUGCGAUCGCCGGAGGCACAGCCUGCGGAUAUUAUUGUGUUUCCGGAGCUGACACUCAACUCUCUUUCCGACACGGUAUUUGUGCCGGAUCCAGAUCAGCACCUCGCACCGUGCGACGACACACAUGGCUCGAUCCUGGUGGAACUUUCCUGUUUGGCACGAGAAACCCGUAAAUACUUGGUGAUCAACCUAUCCGAGCAGUAUUACCUCCAGCAGAAGGCCGAAACCGUCCGCUACAACACGGAUGUUGUGUUCGAUCGCAACGGUACGGUGAUCGCGCGGUACCGUAAAUACAACCUAUUCAAGGAACCAGGCACAAGUGUGACGGAUGUACCCGAGCUGGUCUCAUUCGAGACGGACUUCGGCGUGCGGUUCGGUGUGUUUACUUGCUUCGACAUUCUGUUCGCCAACCCAACGCUCCAGCUCAUCAAGCUCGGCCUGCGCGACUUUGUGUUUCCGGCCUUCUGGACCUCGGAGCCACCGUUUCUAGCGUCGACGCAAAUCUUCGAAAGCUGGGCGUACGCAAACGAUGCCAACCUGAUCGUCUCCGGCACAAACUACGACCUGUCCGGAGCGACCGGGACGGGCGUGUUCAAUGGGCGAAAUGGGGCCCUGCUCACCCAUUUUACGGGUGUUCCCACCCGCGCUCUGUACACCGUCACCGUGCCAAAGUCGGGCCACACGGUACACUAUCAUUCACGCACGAGCGACAUGCUGGAGGUGCCGUCGGGCGCAGCACGAAGUCAUCGGCUACCUGGCGCGGAAUUGGACCGAGUACGCAUGGGACGCGACUUCCUCGAGCAGUUCACAACGAUCCAGCUGAAUCCGAGCUGGCAGCAGGAAACCAUCGAGCAAAUCGUCUGCAGUGGGCUAUUCUGCUGUGACUUUGCCGUCAGUCUGAGCGUGAACAACGAGCGUGACCUAACGCACUACUACCGGCUGGCCGUUUUCGAUGGUAUACGUACAUUCCAGGGUUUUGCUGAUGCACAUGUUUCGAUCUGCGGGGUCAUUGCGUGUGUCAAUCAAACCAUCGCUAGCUGCGGCCUGCUACUACCGGUUAACUCGGGCUACAUGGAGUUCACCUCGAUCUCGAUAUCAGGCCAAUUCCAGGCCAAUGGCACCCUGGCGAUGCCCAACUCACUCGACAUGUCGAUGUACUCGUACGACGCCAGCCGCUACACGUUUACGUCCGAAAUCAACUACACCACCAACACGCAACAAGUUACGAUGAACCUUACGGCGCCAGUCAGCGAUAUGCAAACGUUCGGCAUCUACGCGUUCAACCAUAAGGACUUUGAAUUCUUCAAUCCGAUCGAAUUACCCGGCGAAGAAGAAACAACAUCGGACGGUGACGACGACGGAGGGGCCGGACUUGGCGCUGCACAACCAGCAGUUAUUGCCCUGCUGUCCGGAAUGCUGGUCGCAUUCUGGUAUCCAAAGGAACUUUUCUGAAAACCAUCACAUCCCACUUUGAAUGGUCACCGUGCCGCUUCAGUAUUUCCGGCCUAAGCAGCAUCCUUCAAUCGAUGACUGCGAAUCCCAAUACGUGCCAUUGGAUUCCUUAGUCAUUAGUUAAGUAGUUGUAUAUUCUGUAACGUAAUCGAAACCAUAUACCAAAUAAUGAACAGUUUCGAGCAACA